AUGCAAUUAGUGGACGAUAUUAUCAGCUUGACUUCUUCACCCAGUUAUUAUCAUGUUGCAUAUGCCACUCAUGCCAAAUUAUCACUCUGCGCUGCUCAAAUGGAUAGCAUGAUUCACUAUAAUACUCAUAUCGAUAUCACACCACUUUUUCCUAAUAUCAACACUUGUAUCCAAUCUCUCACUAAUAUCAUUCAAAACAAUGACAUAUCCAACGAUAGCUAUACCGAACAAGCCAUGAUCAAAGUCAAUAAAAGCGUACACUCUAUUCGACAUAGCAGCAAUCGAUUAUUUGAAAUGUCUCUUCAAUCCAAAAACACCAUUGACAAGGAUUCUUCAUCACCUACUCCCUGGGAUCAAACUAUUUCGUCAAUGGCAUCCACUCUACAGCAAUGCAGCAUAUUGAUCCUAUUACAUCUUGACUUGAUUAAGAAGAAGGUAAAUGAUAUAUUACUUAUUUUUGUGGAUAUUAUGGUUCUUUUGGCCAAAAUAUAUUUUGAUGCAAAUGAUGAUAAUACAUAUUACCAAGCUUAUGAUUAUCUUGCAAGUGCUGAACAAAUCUGUUCCGAACAUGGGCUGUCUUCAGGUUAUCGAUGGAUAUCUGCCACUUAUUAUACAUUGGGUGCAGCCAUGGUGACAUCUUCUAUCAUCCCUAGUGCUGUGUAUCCUCUACGCAAAGCUUGUACUCUACUAGAAAAGGACCCUGGUCGUAUUAGCUCUGAUGCUGGCAAACUUCAAUUGGCAAAACGUUAUGAAGUAUUUGGAACAUGUUGUCAAAAGAACGGUGAUUUCGAGGCAAAAGCUGCUAUCAAGGCAUUUCGAAUGGCAUUAAAACGAGUUCCUGCUACAACAGUGGAUACAUUUACAACUGGAUCUGAACGCAUGUCCAUUUCUCGGAUGAUUGAACAACAACCAUUAGUUCCCAAACUUAUGGAUCGAUUCCUUCGUUCAUCUAUUGGUGAACAUGAACAACGACCGCUGGCAACAGAGCUCUUGGAUACAUCGCUCAUUACUCCUAUUCAACAAUGCGUGCUUUAUGAAUGUGAACUUCAAAUAUUAUUCAAACUUUCAUCUCGACAAAAUCUUAUGAAGCAACAAAAUUGGUUUAUUUCCUCUUUAUUACAGCAUUAUACUACAGAACAUUAUCCAAUCCGACGAACACGGUAA